GCUCCCCUCCUCCCCUGUGUUCAGAUACUUUCCACUCCUCCAAAGCAACCCACCAACACACACACACACACACAAAAACACACACACACACACAGAUGUCUCGUCAUUUCAGGAUGCUCGGAGGUCAAAAUUCAUCCACCACCGCCGUCGCCGAGCAACAGCAGGACCCCACCAAUGUCGACUCCGACUUUGUCGUCAUCCUCGCCGCCCUUUUAUGUGCCCUAAUCUGCGUCCUCGGUCUCGUCGCAGUCGCUCGCUGCACCUGGAUCCGUCGGAUCUCCGGCAUAGUCAUUAUCGGUCGUACAGAUCACUCUCCACCAGCGGCAGCAAACAAAGGUCUAAAGAAAAAAGUCCUCAAAGCUCUCCCGAAGCUCACCUACUCCACAGAAACAAUGGCGGAGAAAUUCCCCGACUGCGCUAUCUGCUUGACAGAAUUUGUCUCCGGUGACGAGAUCAGAGUGUUGCCGAGGUGCGGACAUGGUUUUCAUGUCAUGUGCAUUGACACUUGGUUCGGAUCUCAUUCCUCGUGUCCGUCUUGUCGCCAGAUCUUAGUAGCUCCGCCGAGAUGUAAGAAAUGCGGUGAAGUUCCCGGCGGUGAAUCCACUGCAGCUCAGACUGCGAAUCAUAUAUCAACAACUGCUUCAAUCGACAGGUUUUUGCCCUAGCUUGAAAAUUACCGAUUUGAUUCAUUUCAAUUUGUAGUUAGGUUUAGAAUUGUACAGUAAUUAAUUAGGUGAAAUCAUCUUCAAACAAACAUGAUUAUCCUAUAUAACUACAGUUUAUCUGAAUAUGUGUGAAUUUAAACUGUAAAAACAGGAGAUAUUUUAUUAGCUUCAUGAUUUUAAUCAA